AUGGUAGGCAUGGGGCAGAAAGACAGCUACGUGGGUGACGAGGCGCAGAGCAAGAGGGGUAUCCUCACGCUCAAGUACCCCAUUGAGCACGGCAUCAUCACCAACUGGGAUGACAUGGAGAAGAUCAUGUUUGAAACCUUUAACGUCCCCGCCAUGUACGUCGCCAUCCAAGCUGUCCUCUCCCUCUACGCCUCCGGCCGCACAACCGGCAUCGUCCUCGACUCCGGGGAUGGCGUCACCCACAACGUGCCCAUCUACGAGGGCUACGCUCUGCCCCACGCCAUCAUGCGUCUCGACUUGGCCGGCCGUGACCUCACCGACUACCUCAUGAAGAUCCUCACCGAGAGGGGCUACUCCUUCGUCACCACGGCCGAGCGGGAAAUCGUGCGCGACAUCAAGGAGAAGCUCUGCUACGUGGCCCUCGACUUCGAGAACGAGAUGGCCACGGCUGCCUCCUCCUCCUCGCUGGAGAAGAGCUACGAGCUCCCCGACGGGCAGGUCAUCACCAUCGGGAACGAGCGUUUCCGCUGCCCAGAGACCCUCUUCCAACCCUCCUUUAUCGGCAUGGAGUCAGCCGGCAUCCACGAGACGACCUACAAUUCCAUCAUGAAGUGCGACAUCGACAUCCGCAAGGACCUCUACGCCAACAACGUGUUGUCCGGCGGCACCACCAUGUACCCCGGCAUCGCCGACCGCAUGCAGAAGGAAAUCACGGCGCUGGCUCCCAGCACCAUGAAGAUCAAAAUCAUCGCCCCGCCGGAGCGGAAGUACUCGGUGUGGAUCGGCGGCUCCAUCCUGGCGUCCCUCUCCACCUUCCAGCAGAUGUGGAUCAGCAAACCCGAGUACGACGAGGCCGGACCCUCCAUCGUCCACCGAAAAUGCUUCUAA